GAAGAGAGUCUUCAAACAGAGCUGAAAACUCUUCGUCAGGCGGAUCAAUCGAAGAAAUGCCCUAUUGACGCGGAGUGUCAAACUGACAAGCGCAUUGGAUUGGAUGUUUGUGAUGAGGACGACAUUUUGGCAGGUGAUGUCUCAACCAUAUUUCUCCAUUCUUGA